AUGCCUGCCCACUACCACUGCAACUCUCAUACCGGCCUGCCCCGGGUUUGGCUAGGUUGGGGUGAGCUGGGUAACCGCAAGGCUCAACUCCAAGCUGAACAGAACGAAUAUUUCGAAGCCUAUGCCCCUGACUUCAAGCUGCUACACCCAGACCACCCCCGACUCGGCUGGAAUGUGCACUUGAAUAUCAUUCGCAAGUCGACCCGUUGGAUUGACUGGCGAAUCCACAAGACUGGAGAUAAGCAGAAGCUUGUUCUUCCUGAUUUGGUACGUCCUGAGCAGGUCGACAGCCUUCUUAAUUUCUUUUAUACUGGUGACUAUUCGGUUGACGAAGCCGACUUGAAAUAUUAUUCAGUUAGGCCCUGCCCUGGUGGCUGCGUGACUUGCCCUCAGAUCUGUCAGCUUUUGCGCAUUCAUUUGUCAAUGUUUCAGACUGCUCUUCUUCUUAGAAUUACUGACCUCCAGGCUAUUGCCUUUCGCAGAUUCCGUGAUCUUAUGGAUACUGCUCCUGCUUUCGUUUUGCAGUAUGCUGUUCACUCAGUGUAUAGUAGGGAGCCUAUCCCUGACGGGAGUAAUAACUUUCAGAUUACUGGCUUAAAGUCUGUCAAAGACUAUCGCCCUGAGUUGGUACUUCCUGCAGUCCUUAGGUACUGCGGGUAUUAUCGACUGAAUCCCCAGCAGCUUACAAGACACGGGAAGAGAGUGAGAGUUUUUGGUGAGUCGGAGUUCGCUGAGCUCCGCCGAAAAAGCCCUAAGUUUGAUGGAGACCUGGCUCGGGGCUUAUGGCUCGACACUAUUGAUAUCACAGUCCCGAAGAUUCAGUUCCCGGGUAACUCAGAGCCCAUCAGGUCUCUGCAUCCCUAUAUGCACACUCUGCUCCCGCCACAGGCGGUAGACCCCAAACGGUCAAACUAUCAGUAUGUUACUUACUUGCAGCCAUUGCCCUUCAAGGAUUUUAAUGACCAGCGACCUUCUAACACACCUACAUGGACCCCGUCACCCGAAAAUAGUUCCACUUGGUCUUUUGCUACCGCAAGCACCUCCUUUCAAAGCACGCAGACACGUCCUUCGUUCAAUCAGAGCAUUCAGGCUUCAGUACAACAGACCCCUGAUCCUCAAUUGACUCUAGAGCAGACAGAGGACCUGAGUUUCAUUGACGAAGCUCUAAUCGAUACUACUAUGGAACAACUCACCGCGCAACUACCACAAGAAUAUGCCACGAGUCCAGCCGAUUUGAAUAAUAUUGACUGGACACACACGAUGGACUGGAGUGCAGCGGAUGUAUCAGAUAUCGAUUUCAGCACGCUUUUGGAUGAUGAUGCUGUGGAUGAGCCGGGUGUGAAUGCAUUGGACUUGACACAGGUAAUAGACUGGACCGAAGAGGACCUGGCUAAUGUGGACUUCACACAUUUUUUGAAUGAUGACACUUUGGAUCUACAGUCUUUCGACCCAUCCUGCCUGGACCAGCCUAUGGAUAUGGAUUUAGACCUAUCAGACCCGAGUUUCUUUGAUCUCCCAAACCCGAAAUCCUUCGAUAUGACAGCACUACCUGAUAUCGACUUUUCCGGGCUGACUCCACAUGAUUCCAUCGACACUACUUUCUGGACUCAAUCCCAGUAUAUGGACUCAAUCUUCCCUGUGGGAAUGGAUAAGUAUGUCACUUUGCCUCAACAGAUUACUUUGCUGCCAGAUCCAUUGAACUCAGGGAUAAACCCGGACUUGACCGCUUCGAACCUGAAGGCCGGACAGUCGAUCCAGUCCGCGUUCUUUUCUGUGAGAGCCAACCCGCGUACAUCGGUCUCACAUCAGAGUCAAGACUCUACUCAAUCUCGGUACAAUUUGAGGAACCGCCCGAGCAUGGUUGAUUUAGCUGAGGAGCUAUAG